AUGUCUCACAGAGAGACUCUGUCACCAAAUCCGACUUUUAUUCCAAUCACAGGUGACACUGAAUCCUCAUCAGGCACUUUGAUUCCGGAUGAGAAUACAAGUAAGAGACGGGCCGGAGACAACUUCCCAGGAAUAGAAGCAUUAUGUGCUAUCUAUUCCACUUAUGCUCUGCUGAUUUCAGUGGGCAUCCUCGGAAAUGUUAUUCUCAUCAAAGUCUUUUUCAAGUCCAAAGCCAUGCAAACAGUGCCAAAUAUUUUCAUCACUAGCCUGGCUUUUGGAGAUCUUUUACUUCUGCUCACUUGUGUACCUGUGGACGUAACCCACUACCUUUCCGAAGGAUGGAUGUUCGGGAAAACUGGCUGCAAGGCACUCUCUUACAUCCGGAUCACUUCUGUUGGUGUGUCGGUGUUCACCUUAACGAUUCUCAGCGCUGACAGAUACAAGGCAGUUGUAAAGCCUCUGAAUCGACAGCCCUCCAAUGCACUCCUGAAGACCUGUGUUAAAGCUGCUUCUGUCUGGAUCUCAUCGAUGAUAAUUGCUUUGCCUGAGGCUAUCUUUUCAGAUGUCCAUACUUUCCUUGAUCCCGCCACAAACACAACAUAUGAGGCCUGUACCACUUUCCCGGCUUCUGAGAGGCAGCUGCAGAAGACCCACUCUCUGCUGGGCUUCCUAAUUUUCUACAUCAUUCCACUCUCUAUUAUCUCUGUCUAUUACUCGCUGAUUGCUAAGACCCUUUACAAGAGCACCCUGAACAUCCCUACGGAGGAACAAGGACAUGCCCGAAAGCAGAUCGAAUCCCGGAAGAGAAUUGCCAAAACGGUGCUUGUGCUCGUGGCUCUGUUCGCGUUCUGCUGGUUGCCCAAUCAUGUCCUGUAUCUCUACACUUCAUUCAGCGACACAGCCUAUGGUGAUCCCGCUGCGAUCAAUCUCACGAUCACCAUUUUCUCCCGGGUUCUGGCUUUCAGCAAUUCUUGUGUAAACCCCUUUGCUCUUUAUUGGCUGAGCAAAACCUUCCAGGAGCAUUUUAAAGCUCAGCUGUUCUGUUGCAAGGUCAAGGUGCACGACCCUCCUACUAAUGACACCGCUUCUAAUAAUCUUUCUGUGGUGGGAGGGAGUCCAGAGGCUGGGAACAUCCAGAUGUCUGAGAUUAGUGUGACCGUGUUCUCUGGGUGCAGUGUGAAGACGGAAGAGGACAAAGUUUAG